AUGGCACCAAAGAGGCUUAUUAGUGGUGAAAAUAAGCCUAAAAGGAAGAAUGUAGUGACGACCAUUGAACGGAAAAAGGAGAUUAUUGAUAAAUAUGAUAAAGGAGCAAGAAUCACCGAUCCUGCAGCUGAGUAUUGUAUGGUGAAAUCUACAGCAGCCACCAUACUGAAGAACAAGGAGGCCAUUAAGGGAGCUGAUGUGGCGAUGGGUGUGAAAAAGCAACUUAAGCGACCUGCGGCAGUGGAAGAAAUGGAAAAAUUGUUGAUGGUGUGGAUAAACGAAAGGCAGAUGGCUGGUGAUUCUAUGUCAGAGGGCAAAAUUUGUGCGAAGGCUAGGCGGCUCCAUGGUGAUCUUAUUUGUGAUACUACCUCUGACUCCAGUGAAGAUUUUAAAGCUAGUAAGCGGUGGUUUGGGAAUUUCAAGAAGAGAACUGGAAUUCAUUCCGUUGUGAGGCAUGGCAAGGCCGCAAGUGCUGACAAAGUUGCCGCCGAGAAGUUUGUGCCUGAAUUUAAGAAAUUUGUGGAUAAGGAGCGCUUAAGCCCACAACAGGUCUUUAAUUGUGAUGAGACAGGCCUGUUUUGGAAAAAACUACCAAGCAGGACCUAUAUAACAAAGGAAGAGAAGUGUUUGCCAGGACACAAGCCCAAUGCUAGCGGCGACUGCAAAAUUAAACCGCUGCUGGUGUACCAUUCGGAAAACCCCAGGCCAUUCAAGAAGAACGUGAAGACAUACCUAAUAGAGAAGAAUCUACCACUCAAGGCCCUCCUGUUGAUGGACAAUGCCCCUGCACACCCUCCAGGCAUGGAAGAAGAAUUGGGUAAGGGGUAUAAAUUCAUCAGAGUGAUGUUCCUCCCCCCCAACACCACGCCACUGAUCCAACCCAUGGACCAGAAUGUCAUCGCUACCUUUAAGAAGCUGUACACAAAAGCACUUUUUGAGAGGUGCUUUGAGGUGACUUCUGAAACAGAGCUCACUCUGAGGGAGUUUUGGAAGAAUUACUUCAAUAUCCUCCACUGCCUAAGGCUUAUAGAUAAAGCCUGGGGUCGUUUCUGUGAGGUCCUUGCAGUCUGCCUGGAAAAAUCUGUGGCCGACCUGUGUGACAGCCAAGGAUUUUGA